AUGCUGGAGAACAUGUCACGAUGCAACCGCUCCCUGCUCUCUUUGUCUCUGACUUCGCUGGCCCUGGCACUGUCCAUUCUGGCCUUUUGCACCUCGUACUGGUGCGAGGGGACCCACAAGGUUGUCAAGCCCCUCUGCCUCUCCCCGGUCAAGUUGAAGAACUGCGGGCAGAACAACAGCCAGCCCUACACCACAGAGAGUCCCACUCUGGACCCUAAGAAGCCGGCAAACAACGUCACCUUGUCGCCCCAGGAAAAGGAAGAGCAGGCGAGGCUUCGGAAAAAGGCCCUCGCCAACGCAGUGCACUACAUCUGGGAGACGGGCGAAGACAAGUACAUGCUGCGCUACUUCCACACAGGUUUCUGGUUGUCCUGUGAGGCACACAAUGAGGAGGAGAAGUGCCGAAGCUUCAUUGAAUUGACUCCAGGGGAGACACAAGGGGUGCUGUGGCUGUCAGUAGUAUCAGAGUUCGCGUACAUAGGCCUGUUGGCCAUGGGCUUUCUCCUCAUGUGGGUAGAGGUGCUGUGUCUCUGUGCCCGUAAGGAGAUGUACGCUCUCAAGAUCAACGCAUUUGCCGCUAUAUGCACUGUCCUUUCAGGUCUGAUGGGAAUGGUGGCUCAUAUGAUGUACACCACAGUGUUCCAGUUGACUGUGAGCAUUGGGCCAAAAGACUGGAGACCACAAACCUGGGACUACGGCUGGUCAUUUGCUCUGGCCUGGAUCUCCUUCAGCUGCUGCAUGGCGGCGGCUGUCUUCACCCUCAACUCCUACACCAAGACGCUGAUAGAGAUGAAGCACCGCGUCCGCGUUCGUCUGGAGGAGGCCCGGGCGGCCAUCCAGGCACCUUCCUAUGACGAGGUGUUGCAGGCGGCCGGGGGCAUCUACUCAGGCAGCAGCCUGCUCCAGCACUGCCAUCAGGGGGAGUUGAUCGACCCCAUGUGUGAGGGAAGGGGGCCGCUGGUGGGCCCGGGGGUUCCAGACCCCAGAGGGCUGGUGGUGAUGGCUGGUGGCUGUGGGACAGAGGGGUGCGAGGACUGCGAGAGGGAGAUGGACGAGAUUGAGGACGCCCUAGACAGGGAAGAGAGGGAGGAGAUGGAGAGAGAGGACUGUGAGAGGUGCUGA